AGGCUGAGGCAGUCAUCAAGAAAACGGUCUUUAGGAUAGGAUUUCUUCCGUGUCUGACCUGGCUUCCAAAGCCAGCAGAAAUCGUUUUUGAGUGGUGACAGCAUGAGGGAAGUCAGCCGUGCACAUUUGGGAUAAUGAUGAUUCGCUUCAAACUGACAUUUGCACGGAGCUGCAGCUGAGCUUUUCACUCACACUGAGGUCCGAUUCUUCCAGCGUGAUGGAUACAAAUGAGUGCGCAGCACUCAAACUUUUCGUGGUCGGGAUUUUGUUCAGUACGUGGAUCAUGAGAGAAUCGCUAGCUGCUGACAGUGUUAUCAUGGAGAGCACUCUAGCACCCCGGUUCAGGACUGCCAUGUGUAAUAAGUCUCACUUGCAGGGGGAGGUGGAAGUCUGCGGAGAGAACUUCAAGCGGGACAUGGCUCGAAUAGAUGAGCAGUACUGGUGCAACCUCACAUACUUCAUCCGUGAGUACCACAGCUUCACAAGCUGCACGGAGAACAAGUCCAAAAGUAUCAACUGCUAUUGGCCCAACCCACUGGUGGAAAAUUACAUCAUCCACAUACACAAGCACCUUUUCUCCAACUGCACCUUGGAGGAAGUCAUAUGGGCGGAUCCUCCAGAUGAGACGCUGACCGUCCUCAUCCUCAUUCCCGUCUUCCUCACCUUGGCUAUGAUUGCUCUGGUGGUGUGGUGCAGCAAGAGAAGUGACAUCCUGGCUUAAUCAGGAGUUGAGGAUGGUGAAGAAGAAGACAAGGAGUGAUUCACUUUCUCCACUCAAACAAAACUGUACCUGAGAAAGGAAGGCACUGAUCUGUUGGAGGUUCUUUUGUUGGUCAGACUUCCUGAUAAGUGCCAAUGCAAACCAACUGCACCUUCUAGUGAAACAUGGAA